AUGUCUCCAGCAUUGGCACUUGCUCUAGCUGCGUUGCCAACAGUCUUGAGCCUCCAGCUGCCUGGUGGUGUCGGAAAACUACCAGCGCUAGGAUGGAAUUCAUGGAAUGCCUAUGGCUGUGACAUUGACGAGGCACGCAUCCUACAAGCAGCCAACGCCAUGAAAGACCUGGGUUUCCAAGCCGCCGGCUACGAGUAUGUCAAUUCCGAUGAUUGCUGGUCAGAGAAACAAGGCAGAGAUGCUGUAACGCACCAGCUACUGCCCAACAUGACCAAAUUCCCUCAGGGUAUCAAGGGUACAGCGGACAAGGUCCAUGACUUGGGUUUCAAGUUUGGCAUCUAUUCAAGUGCAGGUACCAUGACAUGUGGUCGCUAUCCAGGCUCAAUUGGCUAUGAAGCCAUUGAUGCAGAGACAUUUGCUUCGUGGGGUGUCGAUUACCUCAAGUACGACAACUGUUUUCCACCAGAAGAGUGGUAUGACGAUUGCCUGUCCUGCGAGCCGGAUCCAAGCUUUUCUCCUACUGGUAUUGUCAAUGGUACUUGCUCGAACAGCACUCCGCCAGUCAAUCACUAUUCGUUUACUCGCCCGAUCCCCAUCUGCGCUGAUGGAUGGCCUGUCGAUGGUAUCAAUUACACUGCCAAGUACACGGCGCUCAAGUUUCGUAUCAUGGGCAACGCUCUGUUGGCACAGAACAGAACCAUCCUGUACAGUUUGUGUGAGUGGGGAGUAGAUCUACCCUGGACUUGGGGAAACGGUACCGGCCAGUCGUGGCGUAUGUCCAACGACAUCAAUCCUUCAUGGAGCCGUAUCCUGCAAAUCCUCAACCAAAACUCUUUCCUCUCCGACUAUGGCGACUUUUACGGCCACAACGAUGCAGACAUGCUCGAAGUCGGCAACGGCAACCUCACAGACGCAGAAGUGCGCUCACAUUUUUCACUCUGGGCAAUGAUGAAAUCGCCCCUUCUCAUCGGCACCGACAUCACCAAACUCAGCGAGCACAAUAUCAAUGUUUUGCAAAACAAGGCACUGCUUGCCUUCAAUCAAGAUCCAGUCUAUGGAAAGCCUGCUGCGCCGUACAAGUGGGGUAUCAACCCGAAUUGGACUUAUAACACGACUUUUCCAGCUCAGUAUUGGUCUGGAGCAUCAUCUAACGGGACUAUGGUGGCUCUUUUCAAUCCGCUAAAUGACACCAUCUCGAUGACUGCUGACUACAGUGAGAUCCCGGAGCUUGAUGCAGGGGGCUGUUAUCAGGUUUUGGAUAUCUGGAAUAGUACAGAUCUUGGAUGCAAGGAGAGGAAGGUCACCGUGGAUGUUGCUCCUCACGAUACAGCUGUGCUGCUAUUCGAGCAUAAGUGUUGA